GCCUGGAGCUGCUGCUCGAUGAAGUUUAUGACACUAUUUUCUCUGCACUGGAGCCUGCCCGUACGUUCACAGAGACCAGCGUGUAUCGCAUCCUGCAGCGGCGCUUCCUGGGGGUCCAGCUGGCCACCUCUGGUCUCUUCAGAUGUCCCUCAAAAUGUGAGGUUGAACGUUAUACAGCCCAGCGCUACCAGCAUGCCUACAUCCCAUCCUGUGACACUGAUGGGGGAUACACAGCAAUGCAAUGCCAGCAGGGAGGACAGUGCUGGUGCGUGGACACCAAAGGGCAGGAGGUCCAGGGCACGAAGAGACGAGGACAGCCCCCAGCCUGUGGUGAGGAACAAACGUGCAUCUCUGAGAGACAGCGGGCCUUGUCAAGGAUUUUUUAUGGCCCUGCUGGGUACUUCAGCCAGUCCGAUUUAUUUUCCACACCCGAUGUACAGUCAGAGAAAAGAGCUGGCUUCUCAAGACCCUGCCCUCCCUCCUUCAAAGAGCUGUUUCUGGACUCUGGAUUGUCAUCUCCAAUCAUGCAAAGUCCGUAUGUCAGCCAGAUUCCUGGGCUAGAAUCCAUCCUUAGUGAAGCCAUCUCAGGAAUGUUCUCAUCAAGGGAACUGGCUCAAGUGGCAUUGCAGUUUACUGCCAGUCCAAAACGCUUCCAAGAAAAUCUCUUUGGAGGAAAGUUCUUGAAGAAUAUGAUCCAGUUUAACUUCACUGGGACACUUGGCACUAGUGGCAAAUACAGCAUUGAGCAGUUUUUUACACAGGAAGAUGCAACUGAGAGGAAUAGUAGCCAAGGCCUUCUGCAGUCAGCUGCGGCCUUUCCAUUGGAAAUAUCAAAGGGGAGCUCCAUUUUGAGUCAAGCUCUUGUAGACAGCUUUGGCCGCACAGUAACUCUUCAGGACAAUCAGAAUAUGAUUAAAUUCCUUUCCUCUGUCCUGGAACUUCCAGAGUUCUUUACUUUCCUUCAACAAGUGAUUUCUGUCCCCAAAAGCAUUGCUGAAGAUUUAGGUGAAGUGGUGAAACUAGCACUAGGAUCCAAAGACUGUGGUGAGGAGCCAAGGGACCUGUUUGUUCCAACAUGCACCAAGGAGGGGAGGUAUGAGGAAGUUCAGUGCUAUGCAGGAGAGUGCUGGUGCUUGGACACUUCAGGUAAAGAAGUACCAGGUUCAAGAGUUCAAGGUGAACAUCCAAGGUGUCCCUCUGAUUGUGAGAAGCAAAGGAAAAACUUGCAGAACUUGAAACAAAGCCUGUCUGCAGGAUCAGAUCUUUUUAUUCCCUCUUGUACCAAGAAUGGAGACUUUCUGCCACUUCAGUGUUACGGGACAAAUUGCUUCUGUGUUGAUUUGAAUGGAAAGACUAUUCCAGGAAUAAGAGGAAGUAUUGGAAAACCCAUAAAAUGCCCCAGUGCUUGUCAAAUCACAGCUGGACAGGAGUUUCUAAAGACUCUGAAGCUCCUGUUGUCAGACCCAAGUUCUCUGACUCAACUCUCCAGCAUUUACCUACCCCAGUGUGAUACUGAUGGUGCCUGGAGGCAAGUGCAGUGCAGUGGUCCUCCUGAGCAAGCUUUUGAGUGGUAUGAAAGAUGGAUUACAGAGAACAACGAAGGCAAAACUCUGCCCAUUGCCAGUCUAUUGAACAUCCUAAUUGGAUAUAAAAAUGCAUCUUCCAAAGGUUAUUCAGGUUUUAUUGAAACUUUGUACGAGGCUGGGCACCAGAAUGUCUUCCCAGCUUUCACCACAUAUUCAUCCUUUGCUGAUCUUCCACCUGAAAUACUGGAGGGAAACGUGACCUCUGCAUCUGAGAACAUUUUAUUGGAUCCAUACACAUUCUGGCAGCUUCUGAAUGAGCAGUUUACCUAUUAUCCAGGAGCCUACACUGAUUUCAGUGCUCCAUUAAGCCACUUUGAGCUUCGUGAUUGUUGGUGUGUUAACAACAAUGGGGAAGAACUGCAAGGAACAAGGGCAGAAGUGAACCAGGUACCGACAUGUCCUGGUAUAUGUCAAAGUAUUCAGCAAGAAGCUGUGAAAUUUAUAGAGGAGACAGAGCAACUCAUCAGAGCCUCGAACACGUCCCACUUCCCUUUUGGAGAGAGCUUCUUGAUGGCAAAGGGAAUGCAGCUCAUGGACAGUGACCUCCUACGUUCUACUCGGCCCUACAAAUCAGAGAUGAUGGUCUCUGAGAAGUUGUUAUCGGGCAGUGACUAUGCUCUCCAGCUGGCUGCACAAUCAGUCUUGCAUUUCUACUGGCAGAAUCACUUUACAUUGAAAGGUUUUGCUGGAGAAGCUACGCAGCUGGGAUUUCAUCCCUACAUCCCACAGUGUGAUGGCCUGGGAAACUGGGAGCCAACUCAAUGCUAUGAAAGCACAGGUCAUUGCUGGUGUGUGGAUGAAAGAGGACGUUACGUUAUGGAUUCCUUGGUUUCACGCUCAGCAGAACAUCCCAAAUGUCAGACGUCAUGUCAGAGAUCUCGAGCCAAUGCUUUAAUCUCCAGCUGGAGACGGAGUGGCUCAAAGCUAGAUGCCUCUGCAGCAGAUCUGUUUGUCCCCUACUGCCUUGAGACAGGAGAAUACGCCGUGCUACAGAGAUCUUAUACAAAUACCUGGUGUGUAGAUCCUAAGUCAGGAGAAGUAUUUCAGCCUGGCAACAAAGAUUCAGAUGGCAAUCCUGAGUGUCCUAGUUUCUGUAAUAUGUUGAAGUUGAAAACUAGUUUACGAGAAGCUGGGAAGGGUUACAUUCCAAAAUGUGAAGAGGCCAGUGGGAUAUUCUCACCUGUGCAGUGCACCCAGGAUGAAGAAAGCUGCUGGUGUGUAUUUGACAAUGGAGAAGAGGUACCUGGGACACGAGUAAGUGGAGGAAGACCUGCAUGUGAAAGUCCCCAGUGUGCUGUGCCAUUUGGUACCUCUUCUAUCCUCAAUGGAGCUGUGUUUUGUGACAAUGAUUCUGAGCAGAUGUUGGGCGUUCAGCAAUGCCGGCUGGUGUGCCGCCAAGGCUAUAACAGCGCUGCUUCCAACACACUGUUCCAGUGUGAUGUGCAGAAACAUCUAUGGAUCUCAGCUGCCCCACUCUACCACGCCUGCCAGAAGCUCCAGUUAUUUCAGACAGUCCAAGCUCAAACACACUUUCAGAUCCUGCUACCUCCUCAGAAGGCCUGUAGUUCUGACUACUCUGGAUUACUCCAGGCAUUCCAGAUAUUUAUUUUAGAUGAGUUGAAGGCUCGUGGUUUUUGUCACCUCCCGGUAAAUGCUUUUGGAAACACUGUCUCAGUUUCUGUCUGUGACGAUUCCUCUGUCUAUGUUGAAUGCCUGAGUGUGGACCGCCUGGGGGUGAAUGUCACGUGGAGGGUUCUGCUGGAAAACAUCCCAGCAGCUUCUCUCCCUGACUUACACGAUAUUG